GCAGUCACACUGGAGAAGCGGAACGAAGCGGACGCAGAGCGAAAGAUACAGAUACUUUUCGGGGAAGCGAUACUUCUUCGUAUUCGUGCGUGGUUUCGUUUCGUCGAGAGAAAUUGCACAAGUUAGUGGAAAGAAGUGCACACUGUCGAGUGGAAUGCGUGCAGUGCCAUCGCAGAUCGAAAAGUGCAAUUAGUGUUCGCGAGUGAGUGUGUCUGUGUCACCCGACGAAAGAGAUAACGUGAAAUAACGUGAAAUACAUACCUUCUGAAGCAAAACUAAAAUAUGCUUAAACUACGGUUUAGCCAAAUUGCCAACUAGCCAAAAGUAACGAGCACACCGAACCCAAAAAAGAGCCAGCAGAUCGAAAUAGAGAAAGCCACCAGAAGUCCACGCAAACAAGGACUUUGCCCCAUCUCGAGCUUCCAAUGGGUCAUCACCUUAGCAAGUUCUCAGCACGCGCCAAUAGCCAGGAAAAGAGUGAUCCGCCCGCCAGCUCGAGCACCAGGCAAUCUGCAGCACUAGUAGAGACGAUCGGACUGGACGAGGAGGAGCUGCAGGUGGAAGAGAUCCUCACGGAGGCCACAGCCGCUACAUCGCCGGCGGAAGUACGUCAGAUCAUCAUCAAAAUCCAGCUGGCCAAAAUGGAGAAUGGCAAUUCGGUAGCCGCCGCCGGUGGUCAGGUGGAAAUGUUGGCGGAGCAGGAGGAGCAGCAGCGCCACUGCGAAGGUGGUGCCAUCGACGCCGCCUCCCUGUCUGCGGACUCGCUGAAUGCAAAUGGCCAGAUUGUGAAUGUGACGCUGGAGGGCGGCCAUGGGGAAGUGGGCGUGGUGACAAAUCGAACUGCUGGCAGUUCGGCGGAAGCGCCAAAAACCGAGCGACAGCCCGUGAAUAACAACAAUUUAGCGGGAAGCGUCGGCGCUGCGAUAAGUACGUUACAACUGCACGACGGCCACGGCGACGUCGCCGACGAUGACGACCUGGAUGAGUCGCUGCUGCGUCGGCGUCGCAGUAACAGUCGCAGCAACAGCCGCAGCAACAUCCACCACAACCACGAGGCCGAAGUCGUCGAGUAUUGCGAAGUGCUCGAGUCGCUGCCAGUCAGCAAUAUGUUGUCGGCGGGAACGCAACACAGCAGCAAGCAAGUUUCCAGAAGCAAUAAUAGCAACAGUUGCUGCCGCAGUCGCAGCAGUAAAGCACUAUCAAUGGGCGCAGCAACAUCCUCCGCCUCCGGAUCCGCAUCCACAUCCACAUCCACGUCCGCAUCCACGAAGCGGCGGUGCUGCAAGUGCAAGUGCCGCGACGCCUUCCGAGGAUUGAGGGACAUGCUGCCGAGCAGCAGUUCCGUGGGCAAUAAGAAGGAUGCCGGUGGUGCGGUGGCGACGGCUCCGAGGAAAUCCCGGCCGGCAGACCGCCGCUCCACACCGCCCACGCUGGGCACAUCGUAUGGGAGUUCCCAGCACCGUAUGCAGAGUCAGAGGAAGCGCAAUUCCGUCGCCGUUCCGGACGCGAGCCAUCACCAUCAUCAGGUCAUCAUUCGGAUUACAUCGCCGCGCUUCGUAGUUGAGUCGCCCAACGGCGGCCGUGUAACUGUGGUAACCGAGCCCGCUCCCCAUUCGCCCCAGACUCCGCCUCAGCCACGCCCCCUGGCCUCGGUCGCCCCCGCCGUAGUGGCAGGCGGCCAUGCCGGAAUCGGAGCCCGCAACAUGACCGUGCACUCGCAAAUCGACUUCAUGCACUGCCUGGUUCCCGAUCUGGAGAAGAUCACGAACAGCAGCUUCUACUGGGGCAAGAUGGACCGCUACGAGGCGGAGCACCUGCUCGAAGGCAAGCCGGAGGGCACGUUCCUGCUGCGCGACUCCGCCCAGGAGGAGUUCCUCUUCUCGGUCACAUUCCGCAAGUACGGCAGGUCACUGCACGCCCGCAUCGAGCAGAGCGGUCACAAGUUCAGCUUCGACUGCCACGAUCCGUGUGUGUUCACGGCGCCCACGGUGACAGGACUUUUGGAGCACUACAAGGACCCCGCCUGCGUGAUGUUCUUCGAGCCCUGCCUGACGAUACCCCUCCACAGAAGGCAGACCUUCUCCCUGCAGCAGCUGUCCCGGGCGACCAUUGUGUCCAACACCAGCUACGAUGGGAUCAACCAGAUGGAGCUGCCUGGUCGGCUGAAGAGCUACCUCAAGGAGUACCACUACAAGCAGAAGCUGCGCGUCAAGCCCAUCGACCAGAACACCCCGGUGCCGUACUAUGGCGAUGUAUAGCGGGAGGAGCAGCAGGUGGGCGUGGGCUUCACCUACUACGAGGACGUGGAGAGCGGCAGCGAGGUGGACGAGGACGACGACGAGGGGGUCAACAUCCGGGUCUCCUAUGUGCAGCACGCCGAGGUGGUGGCCCAACUGCAGCAGGUCACCACAGCGUCGGCUCCGUCAGCUCCAUCGGCUGCCACUUCCUCCAGAUCCUCCAAUCUUCAGGAGCACCUCAGCAGGCUGCCCAACCGCAUGGCAGCCGCCUUCGGCCGGAUGUCGGCCAAUCUGAAUUGCUACCAGAAGACGGUCUCCACGCCGGAGCGCCACUCCUCCUCCUGAAGGACAGAAAGCAGCCGGAGGGGGGGACCCAUCCCAGAAACCAAAACUCAACCUGAGACAAUCCCAGUGCAGCGUGUGCCGCCACCAUAAGUUUAAAGAACAAACGGAAAGCAAAAGCUACAGAAGCAUGAGAACACAACAAAAUCGCAAGCUCGCUACAAGACUGUCAUGGAUCAAAAACCAAAUGUGUACCAUAUCUCAUAGAUAAGAAUGUAACUCGGAGAGAUUUUUGGGUUGUGGCAUUCUUGGGAGCGAGAGCGAGCCGGCGGAAUGUAGAAUCAAAAUCGCAGAUAGCUAAUUGUACUAUAAACUAAGUAUUAUUACCUAAAGCAAACCAUCUCCUACAGACAUAAGUAUUGCAAAAAGAAAGGCCAAUCGGGCUUUUCGUAUUCGCUGGUAUUCUUGUAAUAUUUCGAUGUAUUUAUUUGAAGUAUGGAAUCUAAAUUAUGUGUUACUGUUACGUGUAAAUAUGAGAUACAAAUACAGCUUAGUUAGUGUAAAACUCUCUCAUUAGCCAAAUUUCCAAAUGUAAUUUUCACCUAUUUAUAAAUAUAUUUUAUUUAUUUAUUCGAAGUGACUUCGUUCCCAAGCGAGUGCUUUGUUUUUACAAAACUGUCAGUUGUACGCGUGUAGAGUAUUUGUAAAUAUUACCGAUUUUCGCAUAAGCCGUAGCUAUAUUAAAUAUAAUGAAUUAUAAAUCGUGUAUUCCUAACUAGGUGGUUGCUGUUAUUCGUAAACAUUCAAUAAGCAGUUGUUUCCCAACCUAUUUAAUGUAUUUUACAUAUCCAAAAUGUUGAUGAGCAUGAGUAUCAAUAUUUAAAAACAAAAUCG